GGUGAUUAACUGUGUAUGGGGCCAGAGAAGACUCCACCAUGGAGAGGCAGACAUCAGCGUGGGUUUUGCAGGAUAAGUGGAAGUUUGCAAAGGGGAGGAUAUUGCAGGCAGGAAAUAGACAGACGGUUGGAAAAAAAACUGAAGAUCACACAAAAGGAGAGCAGGAAAUCCAAAUCUCCUCCCAAAGUGCCCAUUGUGAUUCAGGACGAUAGCCUUCCCACGGGGCCCCCUCCACAGAUCCGCAUCCUCAAGAGACCCACCAGCAACGGUGUGGUCAGCAGCCCCAACUCCACCAGCAGGCCAGCCCUUCCUGUCAAGUCCCUAGCUCAGCGGGAGGCGGAGUACGCCGAGGCCCGGAAGCGGAUCCUGGGCAGCGCCAGCCCUGAGGAGGAGCAAGAGAAACCCAUCCUCGACCGGCCAACCAGGAUCUCCCAACCUGAGGACAGCAGGCAGCCCAAUAAUGUGAUCAGACAGCCUUUGGGUCCAGAUGGGUCACAGGGCUUCAAACAGCGCAGAUAAAUGCGUGCGGGAAAGGAUGCCGCCACCGCUGCCGCCAUCACCGCCUCUUGGGUCGUCCGCCACGGGUCGCACUGCCGUGGCAGACAGCUGGACUUGAGCAGAGGGAACGACCUGACUUACUUGCACUGUGACCCCCUUUGCUCCGCCCACUGUGACCUUGAACCCCAUGCACUGUGACCUCCCUCCUUCCCCCCCCUUCCCACUGUGAUUGGCACGUCUACAAGGGCUGUCCCAAGUCAAUGGAAAGGGAAAGGGUGGGGGUCAGGGGAGGGUUGGGGGGACCCAAGAAGGACUCAGAGUAGAGAGUCAGACAGUGUCACUCGGCCACUUGGGGUAAAGCCAGUGCCAGCAAUAACAGUUUAUCAUGCUCAUUAAUUUGGGAUUUCAAAAUACGGAUGAGAACUCCCGUCCACCCACCCGCAAGUGCAUGUCUUCAUCACUUAAAAGCAAGUUCCAUUUGAAAAUGUCCUUUCUUUUUUUUUUUUUCUCCUUCCUACUUUUGUUUGUUUAUACAAAUAAUCUGAUUUGCAAGAAAAAGUGCAUGGGAGGGGUUUUAGCAGUUUAAUGAAUUUUUAAUUGAGAAAGGGUAGUUUGGUAGUCUACUUAAAAAUGUUUCUGGGAAAUUCACCAGAAACAUUAACCAAUAGGACUUUGGUGAGCUUAGCUUCUGUAUUCCUACUGCCGCCCAGAAAAGGGGCAGGGCUCUGCAGCCCCCAGGACAGAUGAGCACCCCAUGCCUAUACCUCCCUCCCCCAGCUAAGUCCCAGGGCAUCUUCGCCCUACCUGGAGACUGAGCUAGCUCUAUAGGCUCAGAGAGCCUGGGGAGGAUGCCAACCCCACCUCUAGUAUUUUGGGAGAUAGGGAAAGUGAACAGACUUCCCCUACCCAUACCCCUCAGGGUGGUUCCCUGCCAGCCAGGCUUGCUCCUUCUAGAAGAGAGCAGGGAGUGAGAUGCACUCCGGGCUCGGAAGUAAGGAAUGUGAGACUUGCUCAGUGUUUUGCUGUUAGCCCGAGGAGAACCAGGAGAAAGUGGUUCCAGGACUCUGAACCUCCUGCCCAGUGUGCUUGGAAGGUGGACAGAUCUUCCCACUCCAGCAAGGCUUGAACUCUCAAGGGUCUGUGGAGCACCAUCUCUGUUGAUGGCACCAUGCCUAGUAUAUUUCCUUUGUGAAAUCACUACCUUGGGAGCAGACCAUUCUGAAUACAUGUGGGAAAAGGCAAGCUGUGCAUUGCAAAGAUUGGUGGUGACAGACCAUAGACCCAGGCCACCCCUCACCCAUUUUUCCAGAGCAAGGCUCUGGAAUGAAGGCAGUUUCCCCUCUGUCCCUAGAGCCUAGAGAUUUGCUUUGGCUCUUUAAGGUGGGAGAGGCUAAGAGGGCAGCUGCCUAGAGCAGCUAUGUGUGUGUUUGUAUAACUGGGUCCUCUCAGGCUUUCUGGUCUCUUCCAUUGCACUGCGCCUUAUCCCUCAGCCAGCCAGGUAGCCUCUCCACUCAGCGGAUGAAUUUUGGAGUGGGUGAUAGGACAUUUUGUGAUUAGGGCAGCUUGCGGUGGCCAAGGUGGCAAGCUAGGUUUUGCAGGCUCACUCCACCUUUGGUUUACCUGGCUCUCAGCCUUGCCCUGUGGGAAUGUAGGUCAGGCCCAGUAAGCCAUGUCCCACUGCAUCUCCCGCUGAGGAGGAAGGGCCAGCUGCCCGUUGAAUCAGCAGCUAGUCCACAGCAUAGCCUUAUAACCAUGAGCAGCCAGGAAAUGGUGCGUGAGCAGAGCUGGAACAGAGCUUCAGUCACAAAGAGGCCACAGGCUGUUGGGUUGUAUCCACAGGCUGUUGUAAGAGGGAUGAUCCCCCAGAAGUGGCCAAGGAAGAAGAUUGGCUGCUGUCUUUAUAGUUCCACUGCCCUGACCAAGUUUCCUCCUUCUAGAUGUACAGUGUCUAGCCUUCAUGUAAUAGUAGUUUCUGGCCCAAGAUGAGACUGUCCUUUCAGUUGGAGAAGGGUACAGAGGUAGGCCAGGUGGGAUGGCCAGGAAUACUGAUUGCUCAGCCAUCGGGACCACCUGCUCUUGCCCCCUCUCCCCUAGUGGGAGUGGAAGGGAAGGCUGGCUGAUGGGUGUCUGUGGAUUGAGGAUGUAGUAGGGACUGGUGUUCCCACCUCCCUCUGGCCAAAGAUGGGGCUUUGCCCACUGUGCCUGCUACCACCCAUCAACAGUUGUACUCUUGGCUUCCCAGAUGGAGAGGUGACAGGCAAAAUUUUAAAGAGAAAGAAAUGAAAACAAGGAAAUGUGUUGGGGGGAGGUGGGAGGGUUGAUGGGAGAAUGGUUUGGAUUUUGUGUGUGGGGUUUUUUUGUUUUGUUUUCUUUUUCUUUUUUUCUUUCUUUUUUUCUUUUUCUUUUUCUUUUUUUUUUUUUUUUUUGAUUGUGACUUUCCUUAAGUGCUUCUUCUUCUUUUUUUUUUUUUGUUUUUUUCUUUUAAGUAAGCUGCAGGCUUUGGCUUGGAAAACCCCAGGGGGGGUGGGGGUGGGGCAGAAACCUGAGGCUGCUGCCUGUUUAUCUGCCUUCAUGGUACUGUCCCCCUUUCCCCCAGCUCCUCCCUGACCCCAUGAGCCAGGCCUCAGACCUUCCAGCUAACCGCUUCCCAUGAGCCACUACUCUGAUGUCAGCCUAUAACCAAAGGAGCUGGGGGUCCAGGCCUGGUGACCAACCCUUCUCAGCCCACUCAAUCAGGGUGCUCCCCACCUGCAGGCAGGAGGCAACACCCUAUCUGCUACCAUCAGCCCCUUCCAGAGCCCACUGCCCCGCCCUGCCCUGUCCAGCCCAGCCAUACCCUGCUCUGCCCCAUGUGGGGAUGCUCUGCUCAGGGAUGGGCGGGCAGGGCUGCCCCAGCCUCCCUGGUAAGCAGAGGCUCUGGAAACGUCCGGGGUCCUGUUUUCUGCUCGUGUGAUCCCAGGGGUGCAUGUGGGCCCCUUGGGUGUCUGAACAGAAGGGCAUGGGAGGGAGGGCCGCACCCCUGCAGUCCUGCUCUGCUGGUCUAGCGGGCAGCUGCCUACCCCACCCCACCCCGCACCGCGGGCUCCUGAGUCGGCAGAUUAAGCAUUUUAUAAAUUGUAUUUUAAAUACAUGUUUUAAACUUGUCAGAACCUUGUCCUCAUUUCAGUCCCUGGCCUCCUAACCUCUUGCUAUGCCUGCUUGAUUAAUCACUGGGGGAGCUACCUCUGCUCAGUCCCAGGGAGGGGCUCUCUCUUAGAAAAAUAGGCCUGGGGUGGUGUGUGGGUUGGGGGGCAAAGACCCACAUACCCUUAGGUUCCAUGAGAAAGGCCCCCAAGCGUCCGGGGCCCUCUCAGAGCAUGGCUGAGACCCCUCCUGCCCUUCUGCAAAGUCAGUCUGCUGCUUUUAGGGUCCAGAAUCUUUACCUUCGAGCAAGUGGGAAGAGAUGCUUUCACCUUUGUGAGGCUCCUAGUCCAAAGGAGCACUCAUCUGAAGAGUCCCAACUCUAGCUUUGAGAGUGCAUAGAAGGUUAAGACUUUGCACCCAGGGUCCCUUUAGCAGGAGUCCCAACCCUGGCAGGGUUUCAAGAUGUUUCUUGCUUCAGGGUUUCCUAAGCCUGAGGGAAGCUGGGGCCCUGUACUCUGAGAGCCAAGUGGAAAACUUGAGGGCCUUCCUUGACCCACACACAGAAGCUGAGGUUCUUGGUGUUUAUUGGCUUACCAGGCCACAAAAGCAAAAUCCAGCAGCGGUACCUGCCUGAUGACCUGAACAGCUGCCCAGAGUCAGGACUCCAUAGGUCAGUGCGUUCGAGCCGGGACAGAGCUGAGCCACUUUCGGCACUCAGAGCCAUGUUCCCUAGGGAGAGAGGUGAGGAGAAAGGUGGGAGGAAAUGAGCCAUUCCCACGUGCCCCAGGGGAGAGGAGGCUUUCCUGGGAAGCAAUGGAGCCUAGUAGUUGGGCUUAGGGGUCUGAUUGCAAGUCCUGAUUCCUUUUGUCCCCAAAGUGCCUGAAAAGGGGAUUGGCAGGAGAAGCUUCCCUCCAUCCAGCAGUCAAGCCUGUUUCAUACUGCUCCUAACAUGGAGUCAUACUCAGGCAAAAGACUUGCGAGCUGACCUCGUGCAUGAGAAAGGCAGAUGGCACCAGCCUAAGAGAAAGACGGUAUGUGCCACUGUCUCGGCACAGGAAGGAAGAAGUGCCCUGACUUAAGCACAGCCAGUGUGGUACAUGGGCUCUCAACGUAGGUUAGUUUCUCACUGCUUCCAUCCUUUCCCCCUUUUCCUCCCUGGAGCAGCAGUAUCCUGGGCAUCAUCUCUUGGAAGGAUGGAUUCCCCUCAGGUUAGGCCAGGGCCUUGUGCAAAAGGUGAAUGGGCCUGGGCCAGAGCUCCUGCCUCUUGGGCACCCACCUGCUUCCUUGAGAUCCUGACUGGAAGAGGAGGCUAUGGAUGUCGGGGCCCAGGCUGGCAGGGGUGCAUGGGUCCAGCACAUACUGGCUGCCCUGCUUCCGACGAACCAUCUUCUUGUCCAACCUCGGACAGAGUGGGAUGCAGGGCACUUGGGCAUAGGGGCUCUGCAGGUUGGCAGCUGGCAAGGGAGGAGGAGGCAGGAGAGGGGAAUGCUUCAGAGCAAGCCCAGCCUUGGGAGGCAGGCAGACCCAGCUGAAAUCCCAGCUUUGCCACAUAACAAGCUGGGUGGGUUUGGGCAGAUCCGUUAACCUGAGCCUCUGUGUAAAGCUGGAGGCGAGUACCCACCCCACACAGCUGACGAUGAGGAUUAAAGGGCUAAUACACGCACAGCGCGCAGCUAAACUGAGCAUUGUGUAAGGGCUAACAGCUUACACAGGAGCAUAUGUCUUGGUGAUGGGUCCUGCAUUCUGGUUGGCACACUAGAGAGACUCUGGAAAGCUCCUAGCCCAUCACUUGGCACCUGCACUUAAGGGGAGACAGUCUUGCCCAGUGAAAAGAGCACAGGUUUUGGAGUCAGACCUGGGUAUAAACUGCCCUUUCUGACACACAUUAGCUGUGGGACCUUGGGCAUAGACUUCCUCAGUUUCACUGUUCUCAUCUGUAAAAUGGGGUAAACACGUGAUGGUGAGGAUGAAAUUCUAGCACAUUUACAAAGAGCUUAGCAUGGGGAGUGACCACAGUGGUGUUCAGUUAAUGGUGAUCUACGAUUGCUAAUCACCCACCCUGCUCUGUGGAGGCUCUUGGGACCAACGUGUGCUCAGUGUUAAGCCCAGGGCAAGAGUGCAGAAGGCCCUUGUCAGAGGGCUAGCGAUAGUGAUUUUCAGAUCAUUGACUAAUGCACACAGGUAAUCCUGAAGUGGGAAACCAUGUCUCUCAGCUCCUAGGUCUGGCUGUCGGGGCCCAGGGAAAGAGGCCAGGUGGGCAGGAAAGCAGAGUGCUCACCAUGCCCAAGGCCCUCACCAUAGUUCUGCUGCUUCAGCCGGCUCAGAAUCCUGAGGACCCUUCGUUCUGGGACUUCCAAGUCUGCCUCCUGGAGGUUGUAAGGAAGCUUCUUCCGGGACCGCAGCCGGCCUAUGGCCAACUCCAUCUCUCGGGCCUUGCAGGUGCCUUCCUUCAGCUUCUUCUGGUAAUAGCUGGGGAGGCAGUGCCCACCCAGCUCAGCCUGGCUGUAUUUAGUUCAUCCUCCUCCCCCCUCACUGUUUCAGAGCCCCUGUUCUGUCUAGCCAGCUCUGGGACAGGGACACAAGCCCAGGAGUUAGGAGACAUGGGUUUCAGUCCCAUCUCUGCCAUUAACUCCCCCUCACUGCUUUGCUUUGGCCUCCAGUCACCCUUAUGUCAAAUGGUUAUCUCUACCCUAUCACUGCAAGUCACAGGACUUCUCUGGGCUUCAGGUUUCCUGGGUAAAAUGGAUCAGUCUUUGUGUUAUAGGAUAAAAUAACAAGGCCCAUCAAGCACUCAGCAACGUGGCCCACGGAAAGAGCCUGGCAAAUGUCACCUGUGAUUUCUGUCACUGAUAUUCUUACUUAGAUGUACAAGUGCUCUGUAAGACAGCUGUGCAAUUAACCUCAUCUUGCAGAUUCGAGUUUUAUUUUCUUGACUCCCUGCUAUUUGCCUUCCCACUAGACUGCAGCUCCGCGCAUUCAUUCAGCAGAUGAAUGUUUACUGCAGGCCGCCAUGCAUCUAGGUGCUUGGGAAAAGCAGUGCAGGAGAUCUCCAUAGAAGGUUUCUGCCUCCUACUGUCUCAGCCCCUCUCUCACUCCAGCCACUGCUGCGGUGACCACUUCCACACGGACUUCAAGCAGCUUUGCAUAGGGACAGUCUGAGGUGGCCUCACCUCAGAAGUCUCCUGCCUGGAGCUUCUCUGACACCCAGAGUGCAACCCAGAAGUUCAGGGGAAUUAAACCACCGUGGGGGUCACCCUUGACUAAAGGAACUAGCAGCUGAGGUAUACAGGUUUCUCUUUCUUCUAACAGAAUUCUGAGUCACCAUUCAUAGUCUCCUCAAAAGAUCCUGGGGGUGGUUGACUCAAUAACAUAUGCUUAUAUUGGUUCCUCCCUCCUCUGUUCACAUUCUUUCUCUUGCUCCUCCUUGGAAUCCCUUCUUAAAUCAACCACCUAGGCACACACCUAGUGGGAGAGUCAGAUCAUGAAAAAUAGAUACAAGACCAUGUUGGUAGUGUUGGGUGUAAUGAGAGCAAGUAAAAGCUGGUGAGUGGGUAGUGAUGAGAGGCUAGUUUGCUCACAGUGCUCAGCAAAAGUCUCAGAGGUGGUGAUAUUUGAGCAGAACGAGGGGAGGGAGCAAGUCAAAUGGAUAUCUCUGGAGGAAUAGUCUUGGACAGAGGGAAUGGCAUGUGGAAAGGGCAGGAGGUAGGAAAGAGCUCAGUGAGCUCUAGGAAUGGCAAGGAGGCCAGAAGGAGCUAGAGCCUGGUAAAUGAGGAAGAGUGGGAGAUGUGGGCAGCAGGAUGGCAGCCAGACCACCCAAGGCUUUGAGGCAGUGGUGAGGGGUGGGCAUGCUACUUGGUGUUGGGAAACAUUUAAGGCUUAAGUUGCUGGUGCUGCUAGGGUCUAUGCCUAUCUCUGGGGCCUGAAAUUUGGGGGUUUGAUGAGUUUCACAUAGAACACAAAAAAUGACCAGAGCCCUCACAUGAGAGUUGGAUCUAGACCUCUGUGUAAAACUAGGACCUGAAAAGGCACAUGCUGAGUAAAGAGAUGAUCUAGAAAAUAACUUCACCCCACAGGGGCCAAAAGGACAUGAGCAAAGUGUGUGCAACUUUCUCGGUCACAAUUUUAAAGGAAAUUGCUUGCUCUGCACUUCCUCUCUCCCCUUCCUGAGGGCUUGAAUUCAAAUGUGUUGCUGGUAAAUUGGCUUAGGAUUGACCUAGGAAAUGGUGGAACAAUAAGUUAGAAAGAAACAGUAAGUUGUAUGCUGGGCAGCCUUGUCUUCCUGCCUGCUUCUUCUGGACUGUCAAUAUAAGAGAAAAAUAAACUAUCUUGUGUGAACUAUA